AUGGUGGGCGAAGGUAACACGCCCUCUCUGGUUGUGGAUGGAUACAGCCAGCAAUACGUAUCAUUGCCUCCUGACGAAGGGGCUCAAGGGUUCCCGGGAGUCAUGGCUAAAGCGCUGUUGGUUUCUCGGACAAGGAUGCGAAAAAAGACAGGACCCGGAGAUUGCUUAGUUUCCCACGUUCCUUUGGACCCCUUCCGUCAGUCAGGUAGCUUCACACAAGCUGUGAACGGCUGGCGGGGUUCCGAGAGUUCGGUCGAGCAGGUAUAUCAGCUCAAGGUUCCUGCAUUUAGGUCGGGAUUUGGAGCGUCACUGCCUGUCAGUCUACGAAAGCUCCAGUGCAGCUUCGACCUUAUGUAA